AUGUCUGUCCUUAGGCAUGGCGGCGCCUUCUUCCAAAGGCGGCUUACAAAGCUGUACACGGAUACCAAGUCCUCCUGUGAAAGCGUCUCCAGCGCAUCCAAGGCCAAUGAUGAUCCAGAGCUCGUUGCGUUGAAUCGAAAUUUCCGGACUCAGAAAGAUAGACUGUUGGCGUGGGGCUUGGACUGGAGCGAUGCGAGCGCCGCCCAACCAAAUGAUAUCGACGAAGCGCUGAGCGAGGCUGGCUUUUCUGACGUUGUCGCGAGUGUGAUGUCUUCCAUCCAAGAGCUCCUCAAUGAGGCGGAGAGGCUCCAGCAACCUGAUGGUGUCAAGUCGCCUGAUGGAUUGGUCCAGGUUAGCGCUGUCAAGGCGACAUACACCGCUGAAGAGAUAGCAAGGUCUAAGGAGCUGUUGGAGGAAUUGACCCAGCAUAUCGAGACGUUAUAUGAUCUCUCACGAUCGCGGAGGAAUAUGAGCAUGAGCAUGAGUAUGAAUUCAGGUUCGCAGGCAGGGACGAAAAGUCAAGGCCAAGUCCAAGGUCAAGCUCGUCCAUUGCUUCCGAAAUCUUCGAAAUCUUCAAAAGAGUCGUUCUAUUCGCUUCGGACUGAACCCUGUCAAUCGAUGGAUAAAAAGCCGUUAUCAUCAAAGAAAAAGUCCUUAUCAGAACUUCAGCCAGGAAAGUCGGGUUUCGCAAAAAGCCACCACUCUUUUGGGGCGACUGAUGAGAUUGCCGAAGACUUCCAGAAGGUUUUCCCGGAGUCAUUCCUCCCAACUAAACAGUUUUAUAUCGAAAAAUCUUCCCUUCAUCUCUCUCGUGGCGGAAUUUCCCACGCUUCCAAUCCGCCCCCGUACGAAGCGGUUGCGGAAUCUGCGAACUCCAGAGUGAUUGGGCAUUUAGAUACCCAUGCGAUGCCUCGUUCCCUGGCAGUCCAUAUUCAGAGCCCAAUCGUACCAGUUCUAGUAGAAUUUUCUCCGAUAAUGUUGGAGAUGCGGAAUUCUCUUCAGUUUCCCCGGAGAGAGCGGCUUACUCAAUUAUUCGACACCCUACAACGUCUGGUCGAGAACUCGAGGGUAUCCCAUCUUGGAUUACUAAAAUUCAUUGGCUAUUUUAUUGACAUGACAUAUUCUCGCUACGCGUUUGUUUAUCAGAUCCCUAUUGAGAUGUUCCCAUUACUACGACAACCCUCCGAUGUACCGAGAGACGUUAAACCUCGACCUCUUGUCUCGCUAUUCCAUUCCGGAGAUGGCCGACCAGAUUGUCCAAUUCCGAAUCUUGAAAGUCGAUUUCGCCUAGCAUAUCACUUGGUUCUGGCGGUCCUUCAUCUCAGGAGUCAGAAUGUCGUACACGGAAAUAUAAAUAGCAACAAUAUUUUGGUAUUCCCAGAUUUCCAGGUUUCCAAUGAAGGAGUCUUAGAUGACUCAAGCUCAGAGUUCAGCCACCCAUACCUCACUUCCCUUUCUCAAUUCGACGGCGAAGAUAAGAAUGCAGUUCCUGAGCCUUUAUCAGCUAGCAUGUACCGCCAUCCUGACGACCGUCGAGUCAUCACAGAUAACUCGUCUUGGUCAUACGAUCUAUACAGCCUAGGUCUAGUGUUGCUCGAAAUUGGCUUGUGGACUCCACUCAGUAAACUCUGGAAGAUGAAAUAUAACAAUUCGAUGUUCAAAUCGCGAAUUGAAAACGUUUACGUCAAACGGCUGGCACCCAAGUGUGGAAACUCCUAUCUGCAGAUAGUCCAACUUUGCCUCGAUGCGCCCAAUUUCCACCUUUCUACCGAACCAAUGACAGAUCUACGACUGAGAAUCCGACAAACCCACUAUUAUCCAUGGCAUGACCCAAGUACAUCGGAUGAGUGGAACGCGUUCUCCAAAAAUUUUGUGUACACAAUUGGGAAAGUUAGUUGGUGCUGUGCUUGCCUAGAUGUCUUCAAUCCUCCACCUGCUUUGGAUCUGGAUGAGUCGCUUCCUCCACCUCUCGUUAUUGAGCCAACGAGUUCGUCCAUCCAAGAAGUUAGCCCUUACAAUAUAGGCCGUCAACCAGAUGUAACCAUGCCAAUCGAUAUGGCGGAUGAUGGAACUACUUACGGUGAAUCAAAUGGAUUACAGGAGAAAAGCGACGUUAAUGGGAAGAAAGUACGGAAACGGACGUUGAAGAAGUGGUCCAAUGUCGAAAUACCCGACGAGGAUUUGCGGAAAUGGAACAUGAUGCUCAUGCCGAAACUCAGCAAACUUCUUCAGAAGAUCUUGAAGGACUCUCCUGAAUCCUGCAGCGCUUCUUUAAUGGUGGCUGGGGAAACUGCAGAAACAGCAAAGACCACAAUAUGUGUCUCGUGUACCAGUAUCCGGAGAGUUCGAGUUGCUCUCAAGAAGUACUUCGAUUACGAUCGAGAAAACUGGGAUCUCAUUGUGAUUCGGGGCGAUGUUACCCGCUCAAAAGUCCCUCGCCGAAAACGUAGAAAGCCGAAAACGAAUAGUCGUCCUGUCAUCGACACUACCCAGGUCGAUCUGAACCCACACUAUCAACCGAAGCCUGUCUGUGGAGCAUCAAUAGGAGCAUUUCGACUCGAUGAACAUCUACCGCCGGUUUCCUAUGGAGGAGCAAUCCUGGUCGAUGGAAUGCCUUACGGAAUGACAGUACACCACAUGCUUGACGCUCCCUGCGAUGAUGAGGAAGACGACUCCGGCCAGGACCUUCCUCCUCGCUCGGCAGGUAAUUGGACUCUGGGAGGUGACACAUUUGACCAGGAUUUUGCAUAUUCAUGGCAUGAUGAGGACCCACCAGAAGCCUUGUAUCCAUUUGAGAUAUCCGAUGAUGAAGAAGACGCAGAUGAUGGAUCUAUAGCACCAAGUAUUGACGAGGCAUAUGAUGAUUACUGGCUCUCAGACGGUUAUUCCACUGACGAUGGGGAUGACGAUGAUGACGACGAUGAUUAUGAUGCGGCCUCCAUUGGAGAUACUGCUGGAGUUGAUCCGGGAGAGGAGCCUCGAAUAAUCGUCACACAGCCAGCGAUCGAUGACGUGGAAGACGGAUUUUUUCCCACCGUGGAGGAUCGUGAUGAUGAGCAUCUUGCCUCCCACUCCCUUGGAUUCGUCCACGCCUCUUCCGGAGUCAGGAGGUGGAAACGCGCUGGGAUAAAGCAUGAAGUGGACUGGGCGCUUAUCAAGAUCGACGAAAAUCGGAUGGAUAUCAAUAACACGAUACUUGCUGACGUCGGCAUGCCAGAAGUUCACGGCUCCGCUUCUCGCUCUAGCAGUCGUGAAGUUCACAUGCAACAAGGCUCCAAAAUGCACUUUGCUACUCUUGACAAAGUAGCCAAGAUCGAAGAUCUCGCUGGUUUACAUGUCCAAUGCUGUGGCAGGACAAGCGGCUUGCAAAGCGGCCGUAUUUCCAAAGCACUGACUCUGGUGAAAAUGCAUGGUCGCCAAUCAUUCUCCAGCAGUUUCAGUGUCGAUGGGAAUUUUGGAGUUCCUGGUGACUCCGGAGCCUGGGUCUUCGAUAAAUCCACAGGCCAGGUAUGCGGCCAUGUCCUCGCAUGGUCCGAAAAGAGCCGCACGGCCUACAUAGCCCCGAUGGAGAUUCUCCUUGAGGACAUUGCACGUACCCUAGGCGCUACCAGCGUCACGCUUCCCGGCAGCGAAGAGGAACUAGUAUGGAGCCACAGCACCAUCCCCUCGGGCGCAGGUGCCGCGUCCUUUAGCGAUCGUCGCCCAACAGCAGCGGCAACGGCAACGGCACAAGGUUGGAAAAUGGCCCGCCACGAAAUGGACCAGCUUCCGGUUGAGUUGGGCCGAUUAAGUAUUGAUAGGGAUGAGCAGGGACGAGGUCGCGGUGGCGGUGUGAAAGGGUUAAGAGAUGUUUCUGCGUCGCCGUACCGAGUUGUUGUGCCGUUUAUGCGUCAUCCGUAUACGAUGGAGAGGCAGCUAGCGUGA